AUGCUCAGCAUAGUCAUAGAUGACCCAUUCCUCUUCACUCUGGUGACCGUCAUCUUCUCAGUCACAUUUGUUGUCUUUCUCUACUGCGUCCUCCUUGCGUGGCUCAUCAGCGACAGUAUCUUCCACUCCUUCGACCUUCUUCACCAAUUCUCAGAGCCCCAAAUGUAUCCCAGCACCACCUUCGUUCACUGCAUUGCCAACAGAGACUACCUCGUUGCAGACCCUCAUACAAAUUUCAACGACCAUCUCAAGGUCGGCAUUGGGUCAAUUGUGACCAUCAUUCUUCCUGCUGGCGAAGGACAAGCUAAGGCUGCUAGAGGUCCUGUUCACUCCAUUUGCCACUAUGAGCAGGACUACAUUGUCUUCAACGUCUACUCCACAGAACAUCGCCCUCUCCACUGCGUUGCUCGUCUGGCUUUACCUUAUCACCUCUGCAACCUCUCUUUUGUGCGGCGCAGCGUCUAUCAUGCCCUCCACCCCAUCAGUCCACAGACCAGCAAGGACUUCAUAGCAGCAUUCCUGGAGGUCACGUCGUCUGGGGCAUCUAGGACAUCCAGCGACUCAUCAGCCAUUGACCAUGAACACUCCUUUGCCAAGCCACCGGUAUUCCAGCAUAGGCCACUGCAGUAG